CUCCGAGCAACAGACACCGAAGAAGUAUGCUAGCACAAUGCUAAAGUCGUACGGCAGGAUUUCUUGGUAAAUUCGUGAAAUUUAAAUACUCCCCUUUACUUACGGCUUUCUGUUUUUAAUGCCGGAGUAUGGUUUAAAUCACAGCUGUGCAUUUUUUUGCAAAUGAUGCGGAGUAAAUGCGUUUUUUAUUUGCUACAGAGCUGACUGAAAAUGUGAGCAUAAUGACAUUCAUUAAUGCUGCGCUUCCUAAAUGUACAAGAAUUGCAUGUAAUAAGUGUCUUCCAUCGAGUAUCAUUAUGUACUCUCAAUUAAAGUGUAAAUCCAAAUCUCAUUCAUCCACUUUUGAACAUGAGGACCAAAGACCUGCUCCUGGGUGCCUUUAUUGAUGCUUAAACUCUUUGAAGAAGCACUGGGAAGUAAUCUGUUGCCAUGCGUAUCACUUUCUGCCAGGCUCUGUUAACUGGUGCCAUUAUCGUCAACCUCCUUAUCCUCUAUUAUGUGUCUCGAGCGCAGCAGCAGAUGAUGGAGAAGAGGAAGGAGCUUGGCCGUGGGACGAGGAGGGCCGCUCGGCCGGGCUCGGGGCUCGGAGGAAGCCUGGGGGUCCUCGGAGGAGAACGUGGAGUGGCGGGAGUGGAAGGGCACGGUCGAAGCCCACGGGUGACCGUUCUCCUCCGGGAGUUUGAAAGCUUUGAGAAUUACGUAGGGGAUGUGGCUAAUUCCUUCCUUCGUCAGCGGCCGGAGCUGCCCUUCCUGGCCGUGGCUGACGUGUUUCCGUACCCGCCCCUGGUGCUUCCUGAGGGCGCUCGGCUUCUGGUGCUCUCCCCCAGCCCCGAGCAGCCGCCCCAAGCUCACAGGCCGGAGUUCCACGUGCAGACAGAGUUUGUGCUGUUAGUGCCUGAUGGAGUGGUGCUGGAGCAGCCUCGAGUUGUGGAGAGGCUCAUUAAGGAGCUGGAAGGUGAGGGCGGGGGGCCUGUGAGGCUGGUAGCUGCACCCGUGCUUGCUCGCUCUGCGGUGCAGUGCCUCCACCUGAGGGUGAACCUCAGAGAGUGGACAGCCACGUACUCGCCUGCCGCCUCUGGCAGCAGCGGGAGUGUGUGCACAGCCUUACAGGGAGAUGCCGUCGUCCUGAUUCGCACCGAGGAUCUUUUCAACCUGUCCGUCCCGCUCGGGCGGCCUCUCUUUCCCGCUCUUUUUGUCCAGACGUCCUUGAGAGGUUGGAAGGUCAAACUGCUGGAAAGCCCCUGUUUCUCUGCGAGCCACCGGCCACUUUUCAGCUCCGCGCACAACCAGUGGAAGGCUGACACCCGACUGAAAGAGGCCACGGGGAAGCUGAUGAGGAGCUUCGGGCUGAAGCGCCUCCUGAUGCCCGAUGGGAAGGACCAGUGGUACGGCUGCAGUAAAGAGACGRCGCGCUGCUUCAGCACUGUUCAAGACGACACGCCAGACUAUCUCUAUCUGGACCGCUGGACGCCGCCUUGCUGCCUGCGAUCGCUCAGGGAAACCACCAAGUACGUCAUCAACGUCUUGGAGAGCUCAGGGGUGCGCUACUGGCUGGAGGGAGGGUCUCUGCUCGGCGCCAUUCGCCACCAGGACAUCAUCCCGUGGGAUUACGAUGUGGACCUGGGGAUCUAUCUGGAGGAUGUGCCCAACUGCGAGCACUUGAAGAACCUGGAUUCGGGCUCGUUGGUGGACGCUAACGGCUACGUGUGGGAGCGAGCCGUGGAAGGAGACUUCUACKGAGUCCAGUACAGCGAGUCCAACCAUCUGCACGUCGACCUGUGGCCUUUCUAUCCCCGGAACGCCGUCAUGACUAAAGACACGUGGACAGAGCACAAACAAGACGUGGAGUUCCCGGAACACUUCUUGCAGCCGCUGGUCCCCAUGCCCUUCGCUGGCAUCACGGCCUACGGCCCCAACAACCACAGAGCCUUCCUGGAGCUCAAGUUUGGAGAGGGGGUGAUCGAGAACCCGCAGUACCCGAACCCUGACAAAAAAAGGCUCGAUAGAAGCAAGUUAUGAGAGACGGAAGGGGCUCAAAGGCCCUUUUAUAUUGCACUGAUUGUUAUUUUUUUAAUCUAGUUUACCUCAAUUUCUUUUUCUAUUUUGGCCAAGAAAAAAAACUACACAAUGCCAACUUGUUGACUUAUGUUCUGUGUUAGCUGAUAAGUUUUAUAAUCACAAUCGGUCAAAUAUUUUUUUUCAUUUUAAUGUGUUUUGGUGUAAAGUUUUUUUAAAUGGACAGAGACAGAGAUCCAUUAUUGUACUGACUUUUAAUCAAAAACUGGAUUUACUCGUAAUACCCUGAAUGUGUUGUACAGUGUAAAUAUUACUGCUGUAAAACAAAGUUUAAAUUAUAGGAGAAUAAUCUUGCAGUAUUUAAUGUACAGAAUUAUUUUUAAACAGGUGACCUUUGAGUUACGACAUGGUUUGUUAAUUUGCGUUGCCUUGUUUUAUUGAGACAGUUUCCAUUUUUCAAGUUUUAAAUUUACAAUCAGCUCCUUCGAUAGAUUAGGAAACAAUAUGGGCAGAAAUGUUUCAACAUUUUUUAGGUCUUUUCCGAUACAAAUCAAGGAAUCCAAACAUGAAGACACAAAACAUUGUGACUUUGUGAAAAUAUUGUUUGCUCUUAAGUUUAGCUGAUUUUGGUUUCAUACUACUUGAUGUGUGGCCAUUUUGCAUUUCUUGCUUUAUUUAUUAUUUUUUGUUGCUUUGAAUUUUAAGGGCUAAUAAUUUGAAAGAUUGAUCCUGCAACGUUUAUGCUGUUUUAWUUUAUUUAUUUAUUUUCAUUAUUUAUACUUUGUUCAUAUUCUUAGACUUUUUGUGUCUCUUUCUAGAAGAAACAUUUAUUUCAAAGUCUUACGAGGUUUUACACGUACGUUGAAAAACUGCAACGUUGUUUUGGUGAAAUCCUUUAUUAAUAAUUAUGUGCAAUAUUUGAUUGUAAUAGGGACAUAACAAAACGCCUUCAUCCAACUAGUGUGUGUCCUGCAAAGUUUCUGAUAAGUGUGUGUUGUGUAUUUGUGUGUCACAUUUAAAAAAAAUGGUCAAAUAAAGAAAAAUCUCAACUUU